UUUAUACUUCCGGUGAGCUAAAGCGAGAGGCACUUUUGCUAAUGACAAAUUCUAGCAAUUUGUGCUGUAGCAGGAGGCUUAAACAAUUCUAAUAUGAGUUCGGGUUCAACUUGUGCUGUUGUUGGCUGUCACAACAGCUCCAGAAAACUGAAAGACGAGCUAGAAACGUAUUGUUUUGCACAUCAACAACUUCGAAAGGCCUGUGUGUGCCCAGCGCGUUACGAACUGCACUCCAUGCCGAGGAAGGAGGAUCGAAAACGAGCGUGGCUGGCAGCUUUAAAACUCAAAUACCCCCCGAAGAGAGUUUAUGUUUGCUCCUUUCAUUUUAUUGAUAAAAAGCCCACAGAGCUUCACCCCGACCCGGAGCUCUAUCUGGGCUAUGACCGGGCCCCACCAAAGAAAAGAAGGCAGCUCAUCCGGACCACUGUGAGCCAGACAGCUUCCAGCAACUUCGACAAAACGGCCGAAUCUGUUCCCGAGUGCAUCGUAGAUUCACCGUCAGUCAUCCCAGACCUGGCUAGCGUCUCCACACAACCUCCUGGGCCACAUCUGCACUCAGUCCACACACAGUGGGAGGACCCUUCGCUAAAAGAUCAUCAUCAAUACUGCAACACGUCUGGCAGAAAAGAUGUCCAGGACAAGACGACUCAGUGUGAUGAAGUUGCAUUUUUUCUUCUACAAAAUGACGCAGACGCUUUGCUGUACACUGGUAUAGCGUUAGAAACAUUUAACACUCUUGUGUCAGCACUGGAAGGAGAUGACAACAAUGAAUUUACAAUGCCUGUACAAGAUCAAGUCCUUAUAACACUUAUGAAAAUAAAGACUAAUCGUGUCUGCAGCCCUUGAGUUGAUGUUAUACUGCUGCUCUGCCUUGUGGUGUCUGAAGUUUAUCAUGCUUAGACGUUUGGGUUGAAGAUUCUUUGCUGUCCCAGCAUUCCACCUGCGCUGCUCAUCUGUACAUGCUAGCCCCGUCUUUCCACUGAUCACAGCAUUCUGGACCUGUAACAAUUUAACAGACUUCAGCUAUCACUGCUCCUAAUAAAAUGAAACAAGUUAUUUA